ACCUCCAGGCUUUGUGGACCCUCCUUCCAUUAUUUGGACUGGGGAAAUGGAACAAAAGUUAUGGAAAAUACUCACACAAAACAAAGAUCAAAAUAUAGAUUGCUAGUAAGGAAUUCUGCUUCUCAACUCUUAAAUGUGCCAGUACCGUAUCUUCUGCGUCAUGCUGCUUUUUUAUAUGAAAAUCAACUUCGUGGCGUUAAAAUUCAAUUACGUCGAGAUGAAGCAAUGAGUUCCAGCAGUCUUAGCGGUUCACAUGGGAAUCGUAACAGAGCUUCAAGUUUAAUUGAUGGAAGCCCUAGACCACCAUCUGCUCUGUCUAGCAUGAGCAAAGAUCAAUUUGCACCAGCACGUGCAGGUCAUACGGGUUCUCAAGAUAUGAUGCGAACCGGAAGUAAUACCAGUUUGUCAGAUGGAAAAAAAUUAGUUAGUGGAUCAAUUUCUUCUUCAAUUACAGUAACCCAAUCAUUAAAUGAAG